GCAGCCAGUGGACGGACGGGGCGGGGCGGGGCGGGCGGCCGUUUAAGGGGCGCGGCGCGGGGCGCGGUGGCCGCACGAUGCUGCAACGCUGUGGCCGCCGGCUGCUGCUGGGCCUGGGGGGCGCGCUGCUCGCCUGCCUGCUGGUGCUCACAGCCGACCCGCCCCCCGCGCCCCCCGAGCGCGCCCGCCGCGCCCUGCGCAGCCUGCAGCCCCGGCCCGGCGACGGCGGCCUGUCCGGAUACUUUGGGCUGCUGGCCCGCGCCCGCCGCGACGCCCCCCGCGCCCCCCGCGCCCCGCAGCCCCCCGCGGAGCAGCUGGGGCCCCGCGACGUCUUCAUCGCCGUCAAGACUACCAGGAAGUUCCACCGCGCGCGCCUUGACCUGCUGCUGGACACCUGGGUGUCCCGGCACCCUGAGAUGACCUUCAUUUUCACCGACGGCGAGGAUGAAGCCCUGACCCGGCACAGGGGCCACAUCAUCAACACCAACUGCUCAGCUGCCCACAGUCGCCAGGCACUGUCUUGCAAGAUGGCGGUGGAAUACGACCAUUUCCUGGCAUCAGGGAGGAAGUGGUUCUGCCACGUGGAUGAUGACAACUACGUGAAUGUGGCCGCCCUGCUGGCGCUGCUGGGCCGCUUCCCGCACACUGGGGACAUCUACCUGGGCAAGCCCAGCCUGGACCGGCCCAUCCAGGCCACCGAGCGUGUGGGUGACAGCCAGCGUCCUGUCCACUUCUGGUUUGCCACGGGUGGAGCUGGCUUCUGCAUCAGCCGUGGGUUGGCACUGAAGAUGAGCCCCUGGGCCAGUGGCGGUCACUUCAUGAGCACGGCCGAGCGGAUCCGCCUGCCAGACGACUGCACAGUGGGUUACAUCGUGGAGGCCUUGCUGGGCGUGGGCCUCACCCGCUGCGGGCUCUUCCACUCCCACCUGGAGAACCUGCAGCAGGUGCCCCCCUCCAUGCUGCGUGAGCAGGUGACACUGAGCUAUGGCACCUUUGAGAACAAACGCAACACUGUGAAUAUUAAGGGGCCCUUCCCAGUGGAGGCUGACCCAUCCAGGUUUCUCUCCAUCCAUUGCCACCUGUACCCAGACACGCCCUGGUGUCCCCGUGCCGCCUCCACCUUCUAGCUGCCACGGCCAGCCAGCUGAGAUCCCGUUCCCAGGCGCCCCUGGUAUCCAAAGGGCCUGAGGACACCCGUCCAGCCCCUGAAUUCGAGGCUUCCGGGGCCUAGCCCCUCCCCAGAGCUGCUUCUCCAGCGGAGGAGUGGACUGCAAAGCAGUUCUGCUCAGCCAAGGAGCCGCGAGGACCCUACCUGGAUCUGGCGGCGGUCUUGGGUCUUGGGUGCUCAGGUGUCACCGGGCCCUGAAGUCCCCAGUGGCUGGGGGUGCACCCCCGCCCUCCUGGGGGUGUUGCCUUUGUCCCCCCGCAGUGGGGGGCAGAGUUGAGUGUCCUCUCCACUGGGAGAGGUGUCGCCCACAGUGGGUGUGUCUGUAGAUAUUUCGACAGUAUUUUUUUUACUGUACUUGGUGUUGGAAGGGGGUGGGUGAGAGGUAGGGUGUUUGUUGUCUCUUAUUUUUGUUGGCGGUGCAGACAAGGGGGUUCUUUUUGCCUUUCUGUAGAUCAGAAAGAACAGAGGCUAAGGGGUGGGGGGUCAGCUUGCUCUGGGAGCUGGGUGGAGGCAGAAGAUCCGUGUGUCUCUGUGUCCUGGCCUAGGGCUCUGUCCCCACCUCCCGAGACCCUUUUCCCCCUAGGUGGCAACUACCCACCUGGCCCUGCCACCUGGUCCUGCCCUGCCACCUGGCCCACUGGCUAUGUUGUCUUCUUCUGCAAAGACUUAACUGAGGGGGAGAAAAAAAAGGGAAAAGUUCUCAGGGAAUUCAAGUGUGGUUGCUAUGGUGACGUCUUUGCUGUGAAUAAAGAUGUUUGGGGCAUGCCCACCAGGGG